AUGGUCAGAGCGCCGGGUCUGCCUCCUGGUGAGGAGGAGGACAGAAAAUGGCUCCCGUUCAAUGGACGCAGCACGAAGCACGAGAGCGCCCUCUACUGCUGCGGUGAUUUGUCUAUUCCCGAUAUAAUCGUCAUUGUGUUGGCUGUUACGGUGGUUGUCGUGGCCACCAUCGCCUUCAUCUUCUACAGACAGAACAGGAGGGACCGUCUGGUGAGGAAGCGCUGGUCUCACAUCUCCUCUGAUCUGGUCACUCAACUGGAGAACAACGAGCUCAACGUCGUCUCUCUCAAGAUCGAUGACGAGAGGAAAAAAAUGAAAUUCCAAAUCCGCCGAGCGCACUACGACAAAAAGAUUGUGAUCCUGAAGGAGCUCGAGCACUCAGACGGGAACUUUAACGAGACGCAGAUGAUUGAAUUAAACGCCGUCAUGCAGAUCGACUAUAACAACCUGACAAAGUUUUACGGCACGGUGAAGUUUGAUGAGGGUGUGUUCGGAGUGUUUGAGUACGGAGAGAGGGGGUCGCUCAGGUAUGUGCUGAACGAUAAGGUUUCGUACCCGGAGAACACCUUCAUGGACUGGGAGUUCAAGAUCUCCGUCAUGUACGACAUCGCUAAGGGCAUGUCCUACCUUCACUCGAGUCACAUCCAGGUUCACGGUCGCCUCAAAUCCACAAACUGUGUGGUGGAUAACCGCAUGGUGGUGAAGGUCACUGACUUUGGCUGCAACAGCUUCCUCAGCCCCGGGAAAGACCUGUGGACAGCUCCAGAACACCUCAGACGUCAGGGCACGUCUCAGAAAGGAGACGUUUACAGUUUCUCUAUCAUCGCUCAGGAGAUCGUUCUGAGGAAGAGCACUUUCUACACCGAGCUCUGCGCCGACAGAGCGG